AUGAAUCCAGAUUUUGGAUUAUUACAGACACUGUUAUGCAUUUCUUUUAUGAUCCUGUGCUCUUCUGUCAGUUCAGACUUGGUACCUCGUUUUAUUUCUGAGCCCCGUUCUGUUGUCCAGAAACUUGGUGAACCUGUAACACUACAAUGUUCUGCUCAACCUGUGACUGCUCACAUAUCAUGGUUGCUCAAUGGAAAAAAAUUCAACAGAAAUGUGGAGCAAAUUGAGGUGCAACAGGGGACUUUAACCAUCCUUUCUCUAAGUCCAUCUCUUUCUGGUCAGUACCAGUGCAUUGCUAAUAACAGCAUUGGUGCAAUUGUGAGUAAGCCUGCAACAGUAUCCAUUGGAGGUCUUGCUGAUUUUGGUACAUCAGCAAAACAUGUUAUUAUAGCAGAAGAACAAAGUGCUGGGUUUGUUGGCUGCAAGAUACCAGAAAGUAAUCCUUCAGCACAGGUGCGCUAUAAGGUCCGGGGAAAAUGGCUGGAACAUUCCACAGAUAACUACUUAAUCCUUCCAUCAGGAAAUCUUCAGAUUUUGAAUGUAUCUUCAGAGGACAAAGGGUCAUAUAAAUGUGCAGCUUAUAAUCCUGUCACACAUGAAUUAAAAGUUGAACCCACAGGCCACAAGCUCAUUGUGAGCCGCCCCUCAUCAAAAUAUGUUCAGAUCAUUCACCCUACCUUUUCCCAGUCAUUGACAGUUCUUUCUCACAAACCUGUAACUCUGGAAUGUGUGGUGAGUGGGGUACCUGCCUCUCAUGUGCAAUGGAUUAAGGAUGGCCAUAGUUCUCUACUGGGAAGUAACUGGAAACAGUUGCAUUCCCACCUUGUCACAGAUAGCAUCAAACCAACUGAUGCUGGAAACUAUUCCUGUGUAGUGGGAAACAAGUCUGGAGAGCUUACUCAUGUAACCUACACAGUUAAUGUGCUUGAACAAGCUUCAAUUUCCAAAGGACUGAAGGAUCAGACAGUUUCCUUGGGUGCCACAGUACAUUUCACAUGUACUGUUAAUGGGAACCCAACUCCCAAUCUUACCUGGUUUCAUAAUGCAGAACCUAUACACCCUUCUUUGCGGCAUCUGACAGUAGAAAACACAUUGAGAAUUAGUGGCAUCGCCAUGGAAGACUCAGGGUUAUACCAGUGUGUUGUGGAUAAUGGGAUUGGAUUUAUGCAGUCUACUGGGAGACUUAAAAUUGAAACAGGUAGUGGAUUCAAACCAAUUAUAAUAACACCACCAACAAGCACAAAGGUAGUAGGUGGUGACUUUGUCACUUUAUCCUGCAAUGCCACUGGACUACCAGUUCCUGUUAUUCGUUGGUAUGACAACCGUGGUUUGAUAACCAGCCAUCCAUCCCAGGUACUACGCUCUAAGUCACGAAAAUCACACCUAGCAAAAUUCAGAGACGUCUCAUUAGAACCGGCUUACUUUAUCAUGUCUCGAGCUGGAUCAAGCUCCCUAUAUAUUCAGGCUGUUACUCCGGCACAUGCUGGGAAAUAUACUUGUGAAGCCACAAAUGAACAUGGUUCUACAUUGUCAGAGGCAUUCCUUACAGUUGUUCCUUUUGAAACAAGCACCAAAACUGAAACAAUUACACCUGUUGAUGCCACACAGAGUGAUGAAUAUAAAAAUGAUGAUUCUGCAAUAGGACUCUUGAACAUGUCUCCAAUGAAGUUACAUUCCAAUACAACAGAGGCAUCAGUAGAAAGAAUUACCAGUAAUUUCUCUGCUCCUGAUGCCCCCAUCAUACUGAGUCCCCCACAGACCCACAAACCAGAUGCUUACAACCUGAUCUGGAGAUCAGGGAAAGAUGGUGGGCUACCCAUCAAUGCCUAUUUUGUGAAAUAUCGAAAGCUGGAUGAUGGAGUUGGUUUAGUGGGAAACUGGCACACAGUUAGAGUUCCCGGAAGUGAAAAUGAGCUCCACCUAACAGAAUUGGAACCAUCUAGUCUUUAUGAAGUAUUGAUGGUGGCAAGAAGUGCAGCAGGUGAAGGACAGCCGGCCAUGCUUACCUUCCGAACUAGCAAAGAGAGAACAUCAUCGUCAAAAAACACCCAGGCUUCCUCACCACCUGUGGGCAUCCCUAAAUAUCCUGUUGUUUCAGAGGGAACCAACAGCAACUUUGGAGUGGUGCUUACAGAUCCGUCCAGGCAUAGUGGAGUUCCAGAAGCACCAGAUCGACCUACUAUCUCUACUGCCUCAGAGACUUCUGUGUAUGUCACUUGGAUUCCUCGGGCAAAUGGAGGUUCUCCCAUCACUGCUUUCAAAGUUGAAUAUAAAAGGAUGAAAAAUAGUGAUUGGCUAGUGGCAGCUGAAGAUAUCCCUCCUUCCAAACUUUCUGUGGAAGUGCGUAGCUUAGAACCAGGCUCCACAUACAAAUUUAGAGUAAUUGCUAUUAACCAUUAUGGUGAGAGUUUUCGGAGCUCUGCAUCUCGCCCAUACCAAGUAGCUGGAUUUCCCAACCGCUUUUCCAAUCGUCCAGUUGCUGGACCUCACAUCGCAUAUACAGAAGCUGUCAGUGAUACUCAGAUUAUGUUGAAAUGGACGUAUAUUCCUUCAAGCAACAAUAACACACCUAUCCAAGGAUUCUAUAUUUAUUACCGACCAACAGAUAGUGAUAAUGACAGUGAUUACAAGAGAGAUGUUGUAGAAGGUUCAAAGCAGUGGCAUAUGAUUGGUCACCUGCAGCCAGAAACAUCUUAUGACAUAAAAAUGCAGUGCUUUAAUGAAGGGGGAGAAAGUGAAUUCAGCAAUGUGAUGAUCUGUGAAACCAAAGUGAAACGGGUUCCUGGAGCCUCGGAGUAUCCUACCAAGGACUUGAGCACUCCUCCAAACUCUUUUGGAAGUGGAGGGAAUGUUGGCUCAGCACUGAGUCCAGCCCGGAGCAGUAAUAUGCUGUACCUGAUCGUAGGCUGUGUGCUGGGAGUUAUGGUGCUGAUUCUCAUGGUUUUCAUUGCCAUGUGCUUGUGGAAGAAUCGACAGCAAAAUACUAUACAGAAAUAUGAUCCUCCAGGAUACCUCUAUCAGGGCUCAGAUAUUAAUGGACCAGUAAUGGAAUACACUACUUUGCCUGGCACAAGCCGAAUAAAUGGCAGUGUACAUGGAAACUUUAUCAGUAAUGGAACUCUCAGCAAUGGCUGCCCACAUCUCCAUCAUAAAGUUCCUAAUGGAGUCAAUGGGAUCAUGAAUGGGAAUGUAAAUGGAGGACAUUACCCUGGACACAACUCCUUGACCAGAACUCAUGUGGAAUAUGAGCAUCCUCACCACUUAGUGAAUAAUGGUGGAAUGUAUACAGCAGUGCCCCAGACUGACCCGUUGGAGUGUGUUAACUGCCGAAAUUGUAGAAACAACAAUAGAUGUUUCACCAAAACCAAUGGCACUUUCAGCAACAGUUCCCUUCCUGUGAUCCCAAUGGUUGCACCUUACCAGCCAGAUAGCUUAGAGAUGAAGCCUCUGAAUCAUGUGAUGGUACCCAUGUGCCUAGCCUCCACAGUCCCAGAAUGUGGUGAAUUACCUGAGGAGGACAUCAAGGACAAAAUGGCACCAGCAUCUACUCAACAUCCUUGCUGUCAGGAAAACUUGAAACAGAUCAACUCAGAUUGCACAGAAGGUAAGCAGAAUUCAGCAGAGCUGAGGAAACAAAAGGGUGACAGUUGUCUACAUUCUGAAACAGAGAAUCAUGUUUUGAGUUGGAGCUCCCUUAUUUUGCCAUCUCUUUCAAGGAACUGUAGUGAAAAGACAGCCUGGUCUUCAACUGAUGUUACAGUAGACAACACUUCAAGGGACUUUCGGCAACCCCAGGAAACCUGA